AUGAUGGCGAUGAUGAUGACUGGCCGUGUGCUGCUGGUGUGUGCCCUCUGCGUGCUGUGGUGCGGUGCUGCGGUGGUGGCGGCGGCCGAUACUGGCGGUGUCGAAAUGGAAGGGGCAGAAGGAUCCGAGAGUUUACCCUCUGGACCUUCCGACGGUGAUGAAGGUGGGAAACAGGAAUCAGAGGGUUCAGUCCGGCAAGUGUCCGACACCGCAAAUGAAUCGUUUGUUGCAGUAGAUGGAAAGAAUUCCAAACAGCAGGAUGGUGUAGUCACAACAACACCAACAAAACCUGAGAGAACGGACGGAGGAACGGAAACAGAAGAAAUUAAACGUAAAGAACAAAAAGAGAACCCUGAAAUUCCAAAUAAAGAUGACAAGACAACGCAAUUAACAUCGAGAUCAGAAGAAAAAGAAGAAACGGCUCCGUCACCAGAUGAAAAAGAAGAACCGCCAGCUGAACGAGGAAAAACACAAGGAGCUGCCCUACCAGGAGCAUCACCAGGAGUACCGUCACGAGCACAAAAUGAAAACUCAGCGGAAAAUUUAACUGCAACACCAGGAGAAGAAAGAGUCCUUCCUGAAGAUCAUUCCGACCAGUCACAAGGAGGCAAAACUCCAGCAGACGGAUUGGCAGCAGAAAUGUCAUCAAAGGAAAAAGGGAAAGCCCCAGAAGCACCACCAUCACCACUUGAAAAAAAUGAAAAACCAGAAGGAGAUUUAAAGGCAACAACAAAUACUGAAAAAAACAACCUUGAGAAUCUCGCGUCCGUGAAAAAAACAGAAAGUAUCCUGGAAGACAAGGAGGCAACAAGCAAUCUACAAAAAGAAGGCCUUGCAUCCACCACCGGCAACCAAGAGAGUGACCCAUCGGACGGUUAUGCCGAAUCGACACCAACAUCAAUCUCAGCUGCCAGUAAUGCUGCCAAAGAUGACGCUGACACGGAUACUGAUAAAGGGAUUCCGAAUAAUGAUUCAGCCGCUGGUGUUGCAGCAACAGAAGGAAGACACCAAGAUGAAAAUAAAGAAGACAAUAGGAAGGAAACAACACCACUCAGAUCUGCCGCUAUGAUAAAUGAAACAGCAACGGUUGGCGACAGUGACGGCAGCACCGUUGUCUCCCACACCACCUUCCCUCUUUUGCUUCUUUUUGUUGCGUGUGCGGCUGCUGCUGCGGUGGUGGCCGCGUGA